AUGGGGAAGUUCCGCGUCCACUGCUGUUAUUUCCCCCUCCGAAAACUCCUCCGUAACUUUAGGAGGUUCUCUCUCUCCAAAAGAACUUUGAUUGUAGCAACUCUGUGUUUGGCCAACUUGUUAUUUUUGGUUUUAAAAGUUGGGCAUUUAGAGCAACCCCGGAGCAGAAGGACUAACGAGGAGCGGAAGCGGCACACCCGCAGCGAGCAUCACUCAUUCGGGGAACUACCGGCCACUUCUGACCUGCAAACCCAGGCUAGUCUGGAGGUCCCGACCCUGUUCAAUGUGGUCUACGUAACGCUAAAGUUCAAGAGCCUUAAACCAGCAAAUGUUCGAGGUACAAUCCGACCAAAGCUGAGAAAGAAAGUGAGAAGAAAAACAAUCUAUCCAACAAUUACGCAGCGCAAACUGGAAAAAGGCCAAGUAAACCGCAGCCGAACCUGGCGCAGCACUGGGACAUCGAGGAAAGCGGGACGUCUUGAGGAAUUCUCCUUAAAGUCUUACAAUGAUGGAACAGACCCUCGGUUUAGUAGUAUCCGAAUUUACAGCGAAAUGGCUCCUCAGUGGUUCAGCGCAAUGGACGUGAAAAGCAUGCGCUUUCUUGCGGAUGCCAAAGUUUUGCGCAUAAAAGAAAUCCCUCGUCUGAACGCACCGUCCCUCGUGAUAUUUGAGGGUGCAGACAUGGACCCUCAAACCCUCAGCCAAAAACACUUGAAUAGAAAUAAUAUAUGUGGAGGCCAGUGCGGAAUUAUCCACUGCUCCGUGGGAAACACGGAGGUAUUUGCUUUCCAUUUGGACAGGGUGCUUGGCCUCAAUAGGACAAUACCUGCGGUAAGCAGAAAGUUUGGCUUUCUUAACGAUGGUCAGGCCUGCCAGGUGGUUCUAUGGGAUGUAUCGCUACACCCCAAAGACCUUGCUGCAGGCCCAGCUACUGUGAGGAUGACAUGGAGGGAGUACCAGACCUCACUGACACAGAGGUGUUGGCAAAUAAAUGUCAAUCCAAAGGCCAACUCUGGAUGCUCUUCAAUUUAUCACAGUGAAUGGAGCAAAUUAGCUCUUUUUGACUUUUUGCUACAGAUCCACAACCGCCUGGAUCCGAGCUGCUGCGGAUUCACUCCACGGCAGGAGGAUGUGUGUGUUCAACUGGGCCACCAUGAUAUGUGUAAGGACCAGGAAAACAUACAACUGGCAAACAUCGUGCACAGGGAACAUGACCUCAGGCACCUGGUCUUCACCAACAACAAAGGAAUCUUCGACCACGAUGAGGAAAAUCUAGACUUCAGGCUUCUGGAAGGAAUCAAGGAGCUGCCAGAGCAGGCUGUGUCUGUGUUGAGGAACAGGAAGCUGAGGGAAAAACUUCUCCAAUCGCUUUUUCUGGACCAGAUGUACUGGGAAAGUCAGGGCGGCCGACAGGGCAUCGACAAACUGAUCGAUGUGAUUGAGAAGCGAGCCAACAUCCUCCUCACCUACAUCAAUGCUCAUGGGAUCGGAGUUAUCCCGAUGAAUGAUUGAUUUAUAUUUUACUAAUGAAGGCAGUUUUUACUAUUUUUAUUAUUUAAAAUAGUAAAAUCUGCAGCUAGAUUUAAGUGAAUGUGAUGAAAUAGAGGAAUAAUCAUUUGUGACAGAAACUUUGAACUUGAUUUGUGUCUUCAACCUAUUUCAAAAGUAUAAAAGUCAGCUUUGUCAGACAAAAACUCUUAAGAAUGGUCAAAAAACAAUCAUUUGUUCUAUAUUUUUGCAUACGGGGUCUCAAAAUGUAUAACUGAGAAGAUACAGUCAUCCACAAAGCAAUAAAGAGCUAAAAUCCUCUGUACUUAUUUUCCUCACAGGCAUUGAUGCAAACAGCAUGGCAAAGUCAUUGCUCAAUAAUGUCUGCAAGGACAGAAAAAUGAGUGCAGUGAAUGAAGAAUGGAAAACAGAAAGCAUCAGGCAGCUAAUUUCCAUUAAACCAAUUGAGAAAUCACUGGCUUGGGAAUCCUCUUGCACAAUAUUUCACACAGCUCUUUUCAUUUUUCUGUUUGCCUUUUUAUCUUGUGUGAUUUUUUUACUUCAGUUCAUAACUUUUGCUCAUUGUGUAGUUUCAAUAAAAUCAUACUAAAAUUUGGAAAAAUGGACAUCAUUGGGGUUCAUUUUUACAGUCAACGUUUAAUAUUCCUGUAUAAUUUAACUGAAUAUUUCCUUCUAGAAUACAACAAUAUACAUACAUGGAGGAUUCAUCUAUUUUCUCUACAAAAAUGCAGACUUUUUUUGUGUGUAAGAUGAUGACUAUCAUGUAAUUUUUGUCAAAUGAAAUGUGUAAAUAUGCUUUUGGACAAAAAAGCCAUUGUUUUUAAAUAACAUUUUACGAAUGAAUUAGAAUCAUGUCUCAAUCAAAGUAA